AUGGCGAAGCACCAUCGAGACAGGGUCCAGACCCUCGCCAUUUACCGUGCACGAUUGGCGGCCAGAAACGACGGCAUCGCCCCUUCCCAAUACGAGAUUGAACAGUAUAUCAGGAGCAAAAUGCGGAAGAGUCUGGAAAGACGGGAGACAGAGGAACAGCCGGCGGAGGAGCAGGCGGAGAAGAAGAGAAUUGCUGACACUGGCGCUGGCACUGGCAUGGCAAGAGAUUGGAAUGAGCUCAGAGCAGAGCAUAACCGACAUGCAGUACAAGAGGCGCAGGAGCAGGCGGAGAAGAAGAGGAUUGCUGGCACGACUACAACCAUGAGCCGCAUGCAGGUCGUUGAUGGACCCAGGGACACCAUUAGACCACCCAUGAUGCGACCACAGCCACAUCUGCAGGCACACCCACCCACCAACAGCUGGCGGGGCACCAUGAUGCGGACAUUGGCACUCCUUGUCCCGAUUUACUUCGCCAUGGUUCUCGUAGUAACCAUCGCAUGCGACUGGGGAUUGUUAGAGUGGGAUGGUAUGCCUCCACCUAUGCCAAAGAGCCUCCCGAUGCAGCUUCAUUCCGGCCUCUUCAGCAAAACCAAGGCUUAUGGCGACACUUUACCAUACUUUGACAACGCACAGGAAGAGCUGACCCACGCUCAUGGCUCCUACUGUCAGACGCUGGAAGUUGCCUGCCAGCUGUUUCCUACGCCCGAGCAUGCCGCCUUCUACGAGCACGCUGUCGAUGUCUGGACUGAGAAAGUACCACGCUCUUGUCCACGGCCACAAGCCUGUCCAAACAAGGUCAUCGAGGAUCGCCUGGAGAGACAUGAGCUAGUUUCUGAUUGGCAGGAGAAGAUGGCACAGAGCGCUCUUGCUGUUGGCGAAAACGUUCGGUCCGGCGUCGAGGCGGGCGACUCGAUGCUCCAUCAUCUCGUUCAUGGAACCGACCGGGUCGAAACCGCUCUCAAGGACCUGCACGACACGGUCUCUAGCAAGUCAAAAUAUGCUUCCGUUACGCCGUACACGACUUACACGACCCUCGCCAGGCUCUGUCGCUUCCACCAGAUCGAUCAGGCCUAUGAUCAAACGACCAUGGACAUUGCUCUCUGGCCUGCUUGCAGGCUGCUUCCAUUCCUCAUACGCCGCUAUCAUGUGGUUCUCACGGGGGAUCUAACGUCGCCGCUCUGGACGCCGGAAUGGGUGCCACAGAUGGAGAGGGCGUUGCGUAGCGUGUUGGAAGAAGUCCAGUGGGUGAGCCAGAACGUGUUGGCUUCUAUUGACACGAUGCAGACGGCUGGCACAAACUGCCAUCUGACGCUUGGCGAACUUGAACGCAACGCAGGCAAGGAACUUACCACGUCUGCCAAGUCGCUGCACCGCAAUCUCCGACGUACGUGUCACGCCUUGCAGGGAGACACCGGCCUGAUCAAAGGACUCGAAUUGGCCAAGGCUCGUCAGCGUCUACAGACAGUCGACACUGCUAUCGCCAAGAUCCUCGCAGUCUCACUCAUAGUGCCGCAACCACGAUGGUCUGAUGCGCAGCCGUGGAUACUGGUCUUCGAUCCCACCCCAUAUCCGGCUACGUUUGACAUGGCGCUGGAGUUGUGGAGGUCAUGGACACUGGUCGAGUCCAACUCGAACAUUCGUGUCACAAAGGGGUUGGCAAGUGUCGCUGUUAGUUGGGGGCGGCUGGAGAGGUGA